AAGGCGGCGCGGAGACCUGAGACAUAAACAACAAACUCGGCAGGGGGAGGGGGGUUGGCCGUGCCAGCUUGUGUUUGCUCGCUCGCUCACGCACGCACGCGCACUCCGGGUUCCGUCGCUGUCCCAUCUUUUUCGCACCCCUCCCUCCGUGCUCCCCCCAAUCCAUCCACCCACUGCGCCUGCGCGAGCUUCUCAACGGCGGCAGCAGCGUCUGGACCCCGCGGGUCGCCAGUUCCAGAGGCCUCAACCGUCUCUUUGAGGUUUCCUGAGUCAGGAUUCCUGUUCAUGGAAACACCUUGAUUUGUAGAUUUGUUUCAUUACAUCCUUUAGGAAAAUGGCCUCUGCAGUAAUUAGUUCAGUGCCUACUACGGCAUCUAGGUUUGCUCUUUUACAAGUCGAUAGUGGCAGUGGAUCUGAUUCUGAAUCUGGGAAAGGUAGAAGUGUUCGGAGUGGUGGAAAGUCCCAAGCAUCAGGCAGCAAGUCAACCACAAAUGAGAAGAAAAAAGAAAAGAGAAGGAAAAAGAAGGAACAGCAGCAGAGUGAAGCAAAUGAGCUCAGAAAUCUUGCAUUUAAAAAAAUUCCUCAGAAAGCUUCACAUGGAGCUGGUUUGUCUCAGCCUGAGCAAGCAUUAACCAAUUCAUCGAGAAAAGACUCUCAGGAAGAAAACUGGCAAGAGUGGAGACAGAGAGAUGAACAGCUGACUUCUGAAAUGUUUGAAGCAGAUCUUGAGAAAGCUUUACUUCUAAGCAAACUAGAAUAUGAAGAACAUAAAAAGGAUUAUGAACAUGUUGAAAAUGCUUCUCCUCCACCAAAGGCUAUGCAUAAGAAAGAAAAAAGAAAAAAUCAACAGGGAAAAGACAAACCUCUGACAGUGUCAUUAAAAGAUUUUCAAUCGGAUAGCAGCGUAGAUCACCUUCCCAAAAAGCAUGAGGAACUGGGUUCACAUACCACCUUGCAUGAUGGUGAAUUCUUCAAUAGACUAGAAGACGAUGUACAUAAAAUACUUGUUAGAGAAAAAAGAAGAGAACACAUCACAGAUAAUGGAAUGGAUAACAAUGCAUCUCGUGAGCACACACAGGAUUUUUUCUUGAAAGAUGGAAGAAUAGAAAGAUUGAAACUGGAACUUGAAAAGAAAGAUGCAGAAAUCCACCAGUUAAAGAGUGUAAUCACCCAGUGGGAGGCAAAAUAUAAAGAAGUAAAAGCAAGAAAUGCACAGCUGUUAAAAAUGCUACAAGAAGGUGAAAUGAAAGAUAAAGCUGAAAUAUUACUUCAAGUUGAUGAAUCUCAGAGUAUUAAGAAUGAGCUGACUUUACAGGUUACCACUCUUCAUGCUGCUUUGGAGCAAGAAAGAUCUAAAGUGAAACUACUUCAAGCAGAGUUAACAAAAUAUCAGGGUGGAAGAAAAGGAAAGAGAAAUUCAGAGUCUGACCAGUGCAGGUGAUCACAUUUGCAUUGUGGAGCAAAAGAAAGAAAUCUUCAGGGUUUUGCAGAAAUGUAUAUUUGUACUUACUGCUUAACUAUGCAGUUUUGGGAGGGGAUUGGGAGUAAAAUUUAAUUGACUAAUCUGAAUAUUGAGUCUAUUGUACUUCUAGUGUAAAGAAGAGAAGCUGGAAACUAAUAUUACAGUGCUGCUCAAAACUUAGUUUGUUCUAAUGCUACAUCUAGUUUUUCAUCAGUCAAUAAAAUUUUUUGUCAUUUU